CCAGCGGUGAAGUACGACGACGAAUAUCAAUAGGUGGCACAGCAAUCUGGGUGUGGGAUGGAGAUGGAGCGGGAGCUACAACAUGGAGCACUUCCACUAGAGGAUAUGCUCUUCCAUAAUGAAGACGAGCUGUUGCUUGCAGAGGAUACCGAAGGCGAGCAAGAUGAUGAUUUCGAUGUGCUCCGCUUUUUACAAACCUCUGCGCUGUGUGUGAGAGCUGGGAUUCCGAAAGUGAGACGGGCUGUGAUGUUGUGGCCAACCCGAGGUCCGCUACAAGACGACAGGCAAGGAAGGGGUGAGAUUGACGAGAAGGGUGGGAUGGGUGAUGACGACAGGCAAGGAAUGGGUGAGAUUGACGAGAAGGGUGGGAUGGGUGAUGACGACAGGCAAGGAAUGGGUGAGAUUGACGAGAAGGGUGGGAUGCGUAACAACAACAACAAUAACGGCGGCAAGCAGCGACUGAGAGAACUGGCUCAGACGGGCGUGAAGGAGGAUAACAACAACAACAACAACAACAACAGUAACGAGAACAACGAUGGUGAUCAGAGACUGGGGGUAAAGGGUGAGGAGGGUGAGAAGGAUGACACUGUCAACAACAACGACGGUGAUAACAACAACAACAACAACAACAACAACAACAACAACAAUGGCAACAGUAAUGGCAACAAGAACGACAACAAGUACGACGACGGUGGCGGUGAUAACCAUGGGGGCAAAGGGGCAGAGAGUGGUGCUUCUGCAUCCAAGGUUCUUAUCAGCAUCAUGGGAAAGAUGCCGCCAUCAGUACAGUGGGGGAGAAUUAGUGGCUUGUUGCGGCUGGUGAAGUGGGGUUUGAGGUUGAAGUUUCUGAUUGUAGGACAUGAUAGGUUCAUCUGACAUAGAUUGCUUAACGUGCAUGCAUAGGUAGU